UCAUUCGGCCCAUCUUGCUCGUUUGGUUGUUAGUAGCUGUCUUAAUCCCAGAAUCUCAUCAAGCAGCUUCUUAGUUGAGGAUCCCAGGGUGUCAGCUUCAACAACAUUGAAGCUGACACUGGGAUGACUUUCGUGUACCAAUACAUUGUCGUUAAUACGCGGAACAGGGUGACUUGUAUUACAAGUUGUAAAACAGUUGCUGGAAACAGGUUGGAGGCGUUUGAGAGCGAUCUUGCAUUCUUUGUCAAACAAUUUCCUGAACUCUGCUCAGCAUCAUCAGAAACUACACCUGUCAGACCAGUUUUUAACAACCUUCGAAGGCAAUUUUAUCUGUACAUACAUAGCUUGCUCCACCCUGAAAUCUUCUUUCAGCUACAGCACAGUAUAUCAGUAUUUGAGAGUAUAGGCUACAUGACCAACAAGCUCUGAUGUUGCCAGUUUUCCACAAGACUGGACGUUAUCACUGCAGAGGCCAUGAGGGUGCGCUGGUCACGGAAGCUGGGCUUGCUGGCUAAGACCUGCCUUCUGCUAUCUAUCUUGUGGGUGGCCUACCUCAUCCUGGAGAUGUCGACGUCGUCCUAUCAGGACUCACAUGGGGAAGGAGCUGGGAGGAACCUGCUUGAGAGACAAUUCUCCAGCAAGACCCAGGGCAAAGAGCAGCUUUCCCAGCCUGUCUACCAGAAGCCCCCUCCCGACUCCAAUGCCCCUGGGGAGUGGGGCAAGGCCGCCCGGCUGCAGUUGGACCCGGAGCAGAAGAAGCAAGAGGAGGAGAGCAUCGAGAGAUAUGCCAUUAACAUCCACCUGAGCGACAAGAUCUCCUUGCAUCGGCACAUUGUGGACAGACGGAUGUAUGAAUGUAGAUCCAAGGUAUUUGAUUACCGGAAACUGCCUACGACUUCUGUGAUCAUUUCCUUCUACAAUGAGGCCUGGUCCACUUUACUGAGGACCAUACACAGCGUCCUGGAGACCACCCCUGCUGUACUGCUGAAAGAAAUCAUUCUAGUAGAUGACUUUAGCGAUAGAGCCUACCUGCGAUCUCAGCUGGAGGAGUACAUCAGUAAUCUAGACAGGGUUCGGCUCAUCAGGACCAGUAAGCGUGAAGGGCUGGUCAGAGGCCGUCUCAUCGGAGCCACUUAUUCAACUGGAGACGUGCUCACCUUCCUGGACUGUCACUGUGAGUGCGUGCCUGGGUGGAUUGAACCACUGCUAGAGAGAAUUGGAGAAAAUAAGACGGCUAUUGUGUGCCCAGUGAUUGACACCAUCGACUGGAAUACCUUUGAGUUUUACAUGCAGACAGGUGAGCCCAUGAUCGGUGGGUUUGACUGGCGGCUCACUUUUCAGUGGCAUUCGGUCCCCGAGCAGGAGCGCCGCAGAUGGAAAUCCAAAAUCGACCCCAUCAGGUCUCCGACGAUGGCAGGAGGCUUGUUUGCUGUAAGCAAGGAGUAUUUUCAGUACCUUGGCACUUACGAUAUGGGAAUGGAUGUCUGGGGGGGUGAGAACCUUGAGCUGUCAUUCAGGGUAUGGCAGUGCGGAGGAUCAUUGGAGAUCCAUCCCUGCUCUCAUGUGGGCCAUGUUUUUCCAAAGAAGGCCCCAUACGCCCGGCCUAACUUCCUCCAGAACACAGUGCGCGCAGCUGAGGUUUGGAUGGAUGAUUAUAAACAACAUUUCUACAACCGAAACCCUCCAGCAAGUAAGGAAAAAUAUGGUGAUAUUUCAGAACGGAAACUCAUCCGGGAGAGACUGAAGUGCCAGAGUUUUGAGUGGUAUUUGAAAAACGUAUAUCCUGAUCUGCAUGUUCCUGAGGAUCGGCUUGGCUGGCAUGGAGCAGUGCGAAGCUCUGGGAUUCACUCAGAGUGCCUGGAUUACAACGCUCCAGACCACAACCCUACAGGAGCACACCUGUCUCUGUUUGGAUGCCACGGGCAAGGAGGCAACCAGUACUUUGAGUACACGUCGAAAAAGGAAAUCCGUUUUAACUCUGUGACGGAGAUCUGUGCGGAGGUAGCAGACAGACAGAAAUACAUUGCAAUGAGGUAUUGUCCACGAGACGGAACUCCAGUACCUGAGAGCAUCAUCUGGGAGUUCAGAAAUGAUGGGACUAUCUAUCACCCUCACUCCAACACGUGCAUCACCUCCCACCACACUUCAGAGGGAAGGACAGGCAUUGAGAUGAGACUCUGCAACCCGGGGGACAGAAAUCAGAUCUGGAAAUUUGAGUAAAAGGAUAUUCUGCUGUGACCAAGUGCCUGAGAGAAGUGCAAAUAUUGUGACAGACUAUUGACGAGAAAUGAAAAUUAUACCAGCAAACCAGCAAGCAUAAAGCCCUUACAUUCCUACUGAAAGUUUUCUGUGAAAAUGUAUUUGUGCCGUCACCUUUGUGCCUGUGGUAGUAAACUAAAGAUUGUGUCUGGUCUAUUUCUGCAGACUGCCCACCACCCUCUCCCAACACAGCUGGACUGAAGUUUGAACCUGUACACUGCCAGUUCAGUUACAAUGUUAAAGAAUGUUGCACAAAUGUUUCAUGGUUUUGAAUUGUGAAUACAGUUGGGCGUUUACUGUAAUUAAGUGGAGAGUACCAGGUUAUUUGAGUCAAGUAAUAUAAUAUUGAGAGGCUUUAUCCAACAGACAGCACUCCUCCAUCAUAAUAGACGGUAGUUAGCCACAAACAAGUUCACACAAAAAUGGACCAAUAUUCAUGUAAUGUGCUAUUACAACAUCACUGCUCACUCAUAGAUUUACACACAGAAAUUAAGCAAAAAUGCAUUGCCAGUGCUUGAUUAAAGAGCAAUAAAACAAGUUUGUAAGGCUUGAGAAAUUCAGUAGAAUGCCACUCUGGGUAAAUCGCCCACAUCAUACAAUAUAUUUUUACAGUGGAGUGGGCAAUUUGGGUUUUAAUUGCAGCUUAGCUGCUGACUCACUUGAUCAUUGUUUAUCACAGUUGCACUACUGUAAAAAUGGGCUUGUAACCAGGAGGUCCCCGGUUCAAAUCCCACCUCAGCCACUGACUCAUUGUGUGACCCUGAGCAAGUUGAGACGUAGUUGUAAGUGACUCUGCAGCUGAUGCAUAGUUCACACACCCUAGCCUCUGUUAGUCGUCUUGGAUAAAGGUGUCUGCUAAAUAAACAAAUAAUACUGUGUGAAAGACAACCUCAAAUUAAAUGAUUGAUGAUCUCA